CUCACCGAAAAAAUACUGUAGAAAGUGGUUGUCAACAAUGGAGAAAGAAAAGUAUAUUUUUCCAACUUCCUUAUUGGGAGUACAACUUGUUGCGCCAUAACCUUGAUGUUAUGCACAUUGAGAAGAAUGUGUGUGAUAAUGUCUUGUACACCAUUCUCAAUGAAAGUGGAAAAACAAAAGAUAAUCUCAAUGCUCGAAAAGACUUGAAAGAGAUGGGCGUAAGAAGUGAUCUUUGGCCAAAUGAAAAUGGACAAUAUCGACCUACUUUAUUUACAAUGUCAAAUGCCCAAAAAGAUGUAUUCCUUACAACUUUGAAGAAUGUUUUAGUGCCUGAUGGUUACUCAAGUAACAUUGCUAGGUGUAUUGAUCUAAAGCAUCGGAAGAUAUUUGGUUUGAAAAGUCAUGAUUCACAUAUUCUUAUGGAGCAACUGCUACCAAUAUCAAUUAGAAAUGUGUUGCCUAACCAAGUGUCUGCCGUUUUAGUUGAUUUGUGCUCAAUAUUUAGGCAAAUAUGUGGCAAGGUGUUGAAUCCUCUAGACUUUGACAAGCUCCAACGUCGAGUCAUUCUCACACAAUGCCAUAUGGAAAUGCUUUUUCCACCUGGGUUCUUUACAGUCAUGGUUCAUUUGGUUGUGCAUCUAGUGAAUGAACUGAAGCUUGGAGGCCCAGUACAUUAUCGAUGGAUGUAUCCUAUAGAAAGAUACUUGGGACAUUUGAAGUCCUAUGUACGUAACAGGGCACAACCAGAAGGUUCCAUUGCUGAAGGUUAUUUGGCUGAAGAAUGUUUGACCUUUUGUUCAAGAUACUUGGAGGGCAUUGAGACAAGAUUCAACCAGCUUGGACGUGUUGAUGAUCAAACGACAAACAAUGAAUCGUCUCAAGUUUCAAUGUUUUUUACUGAAAUAGGGAAAUCAGUUGGGAGUACUUCAUAUUUCAACCUUACCCAUAUUGAGAAACGACAAGCACACAGAUAUGUGUUGAUGAAUUCAGAACUAGUCGAUCGGUUUGUGAAGUGAGUUCGUACAUAAAAGAUAUAUAAUUUAUCAAAAUCCCUUAUUUUCCUAUCUUGUUGCGUUAAUGACUUAAUUUUAUAUAGGGAAUUUAGAGAGAUAACCAAGAGAAGGCUCAGGA